GAUGGAUUGUUCAUUGAUGGGCAUUCCUUACAAAUAGACGAAUCCAGCAUGACAGGAGAGAGCGAUCAUGUGGAAAUCAAUCACAAGAAAAAUCCAUUCUUGGUCUCUGGCACCAAGGUUGCUGAUGGCUACGGUCAAAUGCUUGUUACUUCAGUUGGCAUGAACACGACAUGGGGAGAAAUGAUGAGCCACAUCAAUCGUGACACAGAUGAACAAACACCUUUACAAGCUAGGCUCAAUAAGCUAACCUCAUCGAUAGGUAAGGUUGGAUUGACUGUGGCUUUUCUUGUUCUUGUAGUUUUGUUGGUUCGCUACUUCACUGGGAAUACACAGGAUGAGAGUGGGAAUAAGGAAUUCAGUGGUAGCAAGACCAAGGCUGAUGAUAUAGUGAAUGCGGUGGUGGAGAUUGUAGCUGCAGCAGUGACAAUAAUUGUGGUUGCAAUUCCUGAAGGAUUACCAUUGGCAGUAACGCUCACUCUUGCUUAUUCAAUGAAAAGAAUGAUGAAAGAUCAAGCAAUGGUGAGGAAGCUUUCCGCUUGUGAGACUAUGGGCUCUGCCACCACAAUUUGUACAGACAAAACAGGCACUCUUACAAUGAACCUGAUGAAGGUGACGAAGUUUUGGCUGGGUAAAGAAUCAAUGGAACAGAGCAGUCCUAUUUCUCCAUAUGUUCUUGAAUUGAUACAACAAGGGGUUGCUCUAAAUACAACUGGUAGCGCUUACAGAGAAAGUCCAGAAUCUAAGUUUGAGUUCUCAGGUAGCCCCACUGAAAAAGCAAUUCUUUCUUGGGCUAUCCAUGAACUGAACACGGAUAUGGAGCAGAUGAAGCAUAGUUUUACGAUUCUCUAUGUCGAAGCCUUCAAUUCACAGAAGAAAAGGAGCGGUGUUUUGUCCAGGAAAAAAGUGGACAACACAAUCCACGUCCACUGGAAAGGAGCAGCGGAGAUGAUCCUAGCAAUGUGCUCGAGUUACUAUGAUGCUUCUGGAUUAAUGAAAGACAUGAAUGUCGGAGAAAGGAAUACAUUCAAGCAAAUUAUCCAAGUUAUGGCAGCUAAUAGCCUUCGUUGCAUUGCAUUUGCGCACAAACAAUUAUCGGAGGAGCAAUAUGAAGAUGGAAAGGAAGAGAAAAGGCUCCAAGAAGACAGUUUCACACUAUUAGGACUUGUGGGUAUCAAGGAUCCAAUUAGACCCGGAGUGAAGAAAGCUGUUGAUGAUUGUCAACAUGCUGGAGUUAACAUCAAAAUGAUCACUGGUGAUAAUGUUUUCACUGCAAGAGCGAUGGCAAUUGAGUGUGGAAUACUCAAAUAUGGUGCAGAGAAUAUCAAUGGAGCUGUGGUAGAAGGAGAAGAGUUCCGAAAUUAUACACUCGAGCAAAGAAUGGAGAAGGUCGAUAAAAUCUGUGUGAUGGCAAGGUCUUCUCCAUUUGAUAAACUUCUCAUGGUACAGUGCCUGAAACAAAAAGGUCAUGUGGUGGCAGUAACUGGUGAUGGCACAAAUGAUGCACCAGCAUUGAAGGAAGCUGAUAUUGGACUAUCUAUGGGAAUUCAAGGCACUGAAGUGGCUAAAGAAAGCUCAGAUAUUGUCAUUUUGGAUGAUAAUUUCGCUUCGGUAGCCACUGUUUUGAGGUGGGGUAGAUGUGUCUACAGCAACAUACAGAAAUUCAUUCAGUUCCAGCUCACAGUAAAUGUUGCCGCUCUUGUUAUCAACUUUGUAGCAGCAGUUUCAGCAGGUGAAGUACCACUAACAGCAGUCCAGUUGUUGUGGGUGAAUCUGAUUAUGGACACAUUGGGUGCUCUGGCUCUAGCUACUGAGCAGCCUACCCAGGAGCUCAUGAAAAAAACCCCAGUGGGUAGGACUGAGCCACUUAUCACCAACAUCAUGUGGAGAAACCUAAUAUCUCAAGCUUUGUAUCAGAUAGCUAUCCUCUUGACACUCCAGUUCAAGGGAGAGCCCAUCUUCGGGUUGACUGAAAGGGUAAACGAUACUUUGAUCUUCAACAUUUUUGUACUAUGCCAAGUGUUCAACGAAUUCAAUGCAAGGAAGCUGGAAGAGAAGAAUGUUUUCAAAGGGAUACACAAGAACAAGUUGUUUCUAGGAAUCAUUGCUAUAACCAUUCUCCUGCAGGUGCUGAUGGUGGAAUUUUUGAAGAAAUUUGCAGACACAGAGAGGUUGAACUGGGGCCAAUGGGGUGCCUGUAUCGGAAUCGCAGCACUAUCUUGGCCAAUCGGUUGGGUUGUCAAGUGCAUACCUGUUCCAGAGAAACCAAUUUUCAGCUAUCUCACUUGGAAGAAAUAAACCGUCGAACUCAUAUGAUUCUUUUAUUUUU